AUGGGCAAUGCACGCCGUGCUCUCAAGGACUAUCUUGUCAAGCAGGGUAUCCUCACACCAGGUCCCCCUCCGGUAGACCCCCUCCCCCCUCAGGGUCCUGCUCCUUCAGGUGUGUCUCAGGUAGACCCACUUCCCUUGGCUGAGCCUGUCGAGGUCACUGGUGACUCAGGUGCUGCUGGGGGUGGUCCUGCUCGGGGUGCUGCGUCUGGGGGUGUUGAGACUGUGGGUGCGGAGACUGGGGGUGCUGAGCCUGAGCGUGCGGAGCCUGGGGGUACUACGCCUGAGCGUGCUGAGGCUGGGGGUGCUGAGCCUGGGGGUGCUGCUUCUGGGGGUGCUGAGCCUGGUGCUGCUACGAGUGGCUUGCUCGGCGCACCCGCCUUCGUUGUGGCGCUGGAGCUGGAGACACUAGAGCUGGCGACACUAGAGCAGGAGGUGCUGGAGCUGGAGGCGCUAGAGCUGGAGGCGCUGGAGCUGGAGGCGCUGGAGCUGGAGGCGCUAGAGCUGGAGGCGCUGGAGCUGGAGACGCUGGAGCUGGAGGCGCUGGAGCUGGAGGUACUGGCGCUGGAGACACUGGCGCUGGAGCUACUGGAGCUAGUGCUGGAGCUGGAGGCACUGGAGCUGGAGGCGCUGGAGCUGGAGGCGCUGGAGCUGGAGGUGCUAGAGCUGGAGGCGUUGGAGCUGGAGGCGCUGGAGCUGGAGACACUGGAGCUGGAGGAGCUAGUGCUGGAGGUACUGGCGCUGGAGACACUGGCGCUGGAGCUACUGGAGCUGGAGGUGCUGGCGCUGGAGGCACUAUAG